GAAUAGCGCGCGGCGGAGGAGCAGCCUCACGGUGCCGUUCAGCUCUUUCUCUCUCCGGACCGUCUGGCCAAUGUUUGUUUAUUUAUGUCGGAUUCGUGAGGUCCGGAAUAAGGCUGGCAGGGCGGGAUUUGCGGCGGCAUGUCGGCGUUAAAGGAGAACCAGUGUUACGGGCUGUCCAGCGGCAAACUGAGCCGCGGCGGUAACAUCUCCGUUUUUCACGUAAAACUCACUGACAGCGCGGCAACAGCCAUUAAUACCUUCCAAAACGGCAAGGGCUGGUCGGCCCAACCCACCAUCUGUUUUAGUGGAAAUGAAGGGAGAAUCACCAUCCCUUGUUCGGAAAAUAGAGAUGAAGUCAGGAAUUUCACCUUUGGUGUGACUAAUGUUGCCCGUGAUAAUCCCCACGGAAGCUUUGACUGCAUCAAACAGCUCACCACCAGUGCCGCCGAGGAGCUGUCAUGUCUCGGGGUGAUUCAGAAGAAGAUGACAGUCAAAGCCACAGAUGAGUCGUACGAUAAAGCUCGUCAGAGCAUGGCCCAAGCCGAGGAGGAGACGCGCAGCCGAGGGGCCAUUGUCAUCAAACACGGAAGCCGCUACCAGGGCAAGAAGGUAACAGUGCGAGCCCCAGCCCCUGCUCUGGCCAGACUCACCAAGCCAAAACACUCGUCUCUUCUCAGCAACAUUAAGAAGGGAGUCGGUGCGUCCAAGCCGAAGAAAGAUGCCUGUGCAUCAAACAGGAGAAGCAGUUGUGAUUUGCAAGAGAAGCCCCUCAGGGAGAGAGUAAUGCACCUGCUGGCUCUAAGGCCAUACAGGAGGCCCGAGUUGAUCCUGAGGCUGCAGAAAGAUGGGCUGACAGCAGGAGACAAAAACAUGCUGGACUCUGUACUAAUGGAGGUCGCUCAGCUUAAUAGUAGAGACAGCACAUAUGUUCUGAAGGACAGUCUGUAUAAGGAGCUGCAGAAGGACUGGCCCGGCUACACCUCUGGAGACCAGCAGCUCCUCAAGCGCAUCCUUGUCAGGCGACUGUUUCAACCGCAACAGAACCUCCUCGCUGUCCCUGAGGCCCAGGUCAGCCCACUGCGAGACACGCCCAACUCUUCACCAGCACACCGUCCAAAGCAUUCCCUGCCAGAGGAAUACACUGACCCUUUGGCCUCCAAGAAGCCUAGGAUAUCCCAUUUUUCCAGCAAAGCAGCCAGUGACAAGUCAAAAACGAAGCCUUCUAAACAAGCUCACGAGGACGUCACAGCAGAUGACAAGCAAGGAGUAUCGCUUGAUCCUCAGAGACUUAUUGACUCCUUGUCAGCAGUCUGUCAGCAGGAAGAAAAGGUGGCUAAAAGGUUAGAACCACCUCACGCUCCCCCGAAAGAACCCGAAAUUCCACAAGAUCACCCUCAGGAUAACUCAGAUCUCCCCCCGUCCCUUCUAACGGUGCCAGAUCUUACCAAACAUGCAAUAAAAAAGAAGAAGAGCAAACACAAACACAGAGACCAUGAGAAGGAUAAGAAGAGAGACAGGAUGGAGAAAAGAAAAAGACCCAGCUCAGAGCAUCCAAACAACAAAGCCUCUCUGGACUGCACAGAGCCGGCUGACAUUUUUUUUGACUCUAAUGCACUUGGAGUGGACAGUGACACACCAGACUAUUUAUUGAAGUACACAGUGAUUUGUAGCCACGAGCAGAGACAAAGUUACAAACAGGACUUUAACAAGGAGUACAAUGAGUAUCGAGAUUUACACGCUCGCAUUGACAGCGUGACGCAGCAGUUCAUGGAUUUGGACACACAACUCAAGCAACUCCACCAUGAAUCACAUAAAUAUAAGACGGUUAGAAAUCAAAUUCUUCAAGAGUAUCGGAAAAUUAAAAAGUCCAACCCAAACUACAAUCAGGACAAGGCUCGCUGUGAAUACUUGCACAACAAACUGGCACACAUCAAGAAGCUCAUAUCAGAGUAUGACCAGCAGCAGCUCCGUGUGGAGCAUGCCGCUAUGAACUGAAGAGCCUAACUCGGAAUGACGAGUGAACUUCACGAGUACGAAAGAAGAUCCCCAGCCAAAGGGGAUUCAUGCUGCUGAGCUCAGUGCCAUCAUGCUUAGAUCUGUGGUCUUAAUGGCUAAAUAUAGUAUCAUUAGAUCUACUGCGAUUGUUGGCGGGGUUUUUGUGAGGAGCUGGAGUGAUCGGACGGCAAGAUGAGGGAUUUUCUUUGAAAGUGGUCAAAGUGAUGCUACUGCAGCAACACGGGAGUAACAGUAGUUUUGCUCUAAAAGCUAGAACUAGGGUCUUACUCCUCAAAAUGCAAACACACGAGGAAAUGAGGUGAAAAGCCUUAAAAGCAUUUGGAGAUUCUCAUCCCUAUUACACCUUUUAGUCGUUGAUUUGGGUUUUUUGUGUGAAUUUAAUCAAUUUAAGUAUUUACUAACAUGUUCUGUCAAACACAUCAGUGUUGAGGUUUAAACUAUAAACAUGAAAAAAUAAUAAACUACACGCUGUACCCACCCAGACAGCUCAUACAAAUGGCAGGUGAAGGUUAAUGUCUGAUGGCAGCUGGGACGCAGAUGUGUCUUGAGAAGAAUCUGUCCUGUUCUUCGGGUUUGGUGAGAUUGCCAGUUGGCUGUGACUGCUGAGUUUUGCCUUGCGCUCCAACUGGACUCGAUUCAUAGUAUUCCACUGGUACUGUGCUUCAGGUGAUUUUCCUGGAUCACUGAAGACUGUUAUGUUGAAUGUCAUGUGAACUUUAAGUUGUAAUCAGGGAAUGUGUGUUCCGCACGAGCUUCAGUAAAAGUGUAAAUUUAAAAUAGGUUUUAAUUGUCUGGAAGGAAGUUAUUAUACUGUUUCAGGGAAGGAAUCGAAAUAUGAAAAGACGUAAUUGCAUGCUGUGUACUUUACAGAAUGCAUGAUGCAUUACCUAUGAUUUUGUCUGAGAUUCAAAUAAAUCUGUUUGUACUCA